CGAGCGUUUCCCCUCUUGCAAUUGGGCGCUGUUGUAUUGGCCACGUCCCUAAGCCACGUCGCGCAUUACUCGCCAUUUUUCCAUUUUCUAAAGUAAGCAUCGGUCUCUUCUAGUAUCACGCUGACUUUCGGAUCUGUCAGGUCAAAAACGUAUUGUUACCGGAGACGGGCUGACUUCUUGAUAGAAUCUUAAACCAGAUUUGAUAUUUCACAAACAUGAACAUUUUCAGGCUAACCGGUGAUCUGUCCCACCUAGCAGCCAUCAUCAUACUGCUGCUAAAAAUAUGGAAAACCAGAUCUUGUGCCGGCAUUUCUGGAAAGAGUCAGGUCCUGUUUGCCUUGGUGUUUACCACUCGCUACCUGGACCUCCUCACCUCCUUCAUCUCUCUCUACAACACCACUAUGAAGAUCAUCUACAUUGGAUGUGCGUAUGCCACUGUGUACCUGAUCUACAUUAAGUUCAAGGCAACUUAUGACGGGAACCACGAUACAUUCAGAGUCGAGUUCUUGGUUGUGCCUGUUGGCGGUCUGGCUUUCCUGGUUAACCAUGACUUCUCUCCCCUGGAGAUCCUGUGGACAUUUUCCAUCUACUUAGAAUCUGUGGCCAUCCUGCCCCAGCUUUUCAUGAUCAGCAAGACAGGUGAGGCAGAGACCAUCACGACCCACUACCUUUUCUUCCUGGGACUCUACAGAGCCCUCUACCUCAUCAACUGGAUAUGGAGGUUCUACUUUGAAGGAUUCUUUGACAUGAUAGCCAUUGUUGCUGGAGUGGUGCAGACCAUCCUCUACUGCGACUUCUUCUAUUUGUAUGUAACAAAAGUACUGAAAGGAAAGAAGCUGAGUCUGCCAGCCUAAGUGCCAAAGAGGAGUGUUCUGGCAGACACAAAGCGGGGGAUUGGGGGGUGGGGGGUGGUAGUGGACACCUCUUGCACCCCCACCCCACCCUCCACCCCCGCCUCUUCCCCUCCCGCUAGUGCAAGAUGCCUGAGACAGAGAGCAAGUGGGAGCCACUGGCUGCACCUUUUUCUGAUGCAUAGUCAGUGGAAUCAGAACACCUGCAGAGGCUGGUCUAAGGCCUUCUGAUUUCUGUUUGAUGCAUCUUGCCUUAAUCUUUCUUUAAUUACUCCGUAUAAAAGAAGGAAAAAAGCAAGAAGAGUUUUCUACAUAAAAGUGUGUACUCUGAAGAUUCGACACAUUGGUUAAUAAGAGCUGAAGAUGUACAUUUUUGCCUAUGAUUUGGCAUUGUGUGAUACUGAAACGGACUUCUUGUGUGGGAUAUUAUUGACUAGAGUCUUUGUAAUAGUAUUUGCUAUGGAAAUAAAUGUGCAAUUUUUUUUCCUGAAUUUAUUUGGGGAAGAAGUUGUUGAAUCUUAUACUUUGGUAGACAAGUCAUCCAGGUCCAUUUGUGUGUUUAUUUUUCUGGCCUGUACACAUUCCCAUGUAUAAAGAUGAUUUUUUUUAAGCUUGCCAUACCCUCAGUAGAGUAUAAAUCCAGUAUAAAUGCCAGAAUUUGACAGGUUCUUUAAAUGUAAAAAAAAAAAGGUAAAAUGGAGUCCUUGAUGUAACCCUUGUUAUAUUUUUGUUCCUGUGCCAUCUAAAUGGACUGCUUUUUUAUUUUACUAUACAAUAUUGAACAUAGUACUUGUUAAGGAAUAACACACAAUGAAAGCAAAGGGUUGAAAGAAUGUCAAUCAGUUCUAUCACUGUAAAUGGCUUUCUUCAUUUGAAUGCUCCAUUGAUUAGCCAACAAAGAUGUUUUAACCUGUAUUUACACUUUCUUGCCCAGCCCAUUUGUUUCGCAUGGCUCCUUUAUAUGUUUGAGAUGAGUAAAUUCACUGGUAAUGUGCUGUAUGUGAACUAUCACUACAGAAGUUGAUUUUUUUUCCUGUUAUAGAUGUAUUUAUUUUUACCUUCUUCUUUGUUGCCAAUAAACAGAGUCCAUAGAAUUGUCUACACUUUGUCCAUAAAUUAAAGCUCAGAAAUAUUUAGCUGUUGAAAUGCUGUUGCGCUGAAUGCUGAAUUGUUU